UGGCUUUUAAACUGUUGCUUGAGGUCUGUUUCAAUACCAAACCAAAAACACCCGUCCUUUUUAUUCUUUUUUCUCUCUGUGCUUCCACGCAGAUUUUUCUCUGCUUUUUCUUCCUCCAUCUACUCUUCCUUCUUCCGAUGGACACCGUCGCAGACACUCACAGCCCUUCUUCUUCUUCCUCGGAUGUGGAUGUCACGCCGCGUGGAGCAACCUCUGCCGUCCAUCGAGCUCUACAGUUAAUCCAAUCCGACGAUUCCGAUUCCAAGCUGCAAGCUGUUAAGGAAAUCCGGCGACUCACCAAAACUUCCCAAAGGUGUCGGCGGCUCCUCGCUGAAGCUGUUAUCCCACUUGUUUCUAUGCUCCGAGUUGACUCACCUGAGUCACACCACGAGUCCGCCCUUCUCGCCCUCCUUAACCUCGCCGUUAAAGACGAAAGGAAUAAGAUCAGCAUUGUGGAAGCAGGUGCCUUAGAGCCAGUUAUUAGCUUCCUUCGAAGUAAGAACUUAAACCUACAAGAAUAUGCAACAGCAGCUUUGCUCACUCUAUCUGCUUCUGUCAGCAACAAGCCGAUUAUAGGCGCAUCUGGUGCCUUUCCUCUGCUUGUAGAUAUCCUUAGACAUGGAACCACGCAAGCUAAGGUUGAUGCUGUAAUGGCUCUUUCCAAUCUCUCAACACAUACUGACAAUCUUACCAUCAUUCUUGGAACCGGUCCCAUCCCUUGUAUAGUUAGUUUACUUAAGGCCUCUAAAAAAUCUUCGAAAACAGCUGAAAAAUGCUGUUCUCUGAUAGAAUCCCUGGUGGGUUUUGAUGAAGGAAGAACAGCUUUGACAGCUGAAGAAGGUGGAGUAUUAGCAGUCGUUGAAGUGCUUGAAAAUGGCUCUCUCCAAGCUAGGGAACAUGCUGUUGGGGCACUACUGACAAUGUGUGAGAGUGACCGAUGUAAAUAUAGGGAACCAAUUCUUGGAGAAGGUGUAAUUCCUGGACUACUUGAGCUAACAGUGCAAGGAACACCCAAGUCUCAGACAAAGGCUCAGACCCUUUUGCGGUUACUGAGAGAGACUCCAUAUCCCAGAUCAGAGCUUCAGCCUGACACACUAGAGAACAUUGUUUGCAACAUAAUAUCUCAGAUCGAUGGAGAUGAUCAAUCUAGUAAAGCAAAGAAGAUGUUGGCUGAGAUGGUCCAAAUUAGUAUGGAGCAGAGCUUGAGACAUUUACAGCAAAGGGCUCGGGUCUGCACCCCAACUGAUUUGCCCAUUAGCAAUAGUUGUGCUUCUGAAGUUUCCUUGAAAUGAUUGCUUAUGGUUUUGAGCUUUUCUUUUCUGCUUUUCCCCUUUCCUUCCCUUUUUCUUGUGGUGUUUGUUACACAAAAUUUUCCUUUGUGGAAAGAUGAAAUAACACAUAGUGGAAAAUGCCAGUCCAGGCCGGUCGUAGUGGUAUCGGUAUCGGGUGACUGGUAAAAAUGCUUAUAGCUGGAAAUUAUAUGAUGUUGAAAGCAUGUAUAUAGUUCCUAGUUUGCAUGUAAAGAAACUGUUGUAGGAAAUGUUAUUCAAUCAGUGAGCUUUUCCUUUCUCCUUUGCCCUCAUGGUUGAGGAUUUGAUUGAAGUAAACCGAUUCAGAACACGAGAAAGAGAGUUCCAAAUCUGACUGAUAUCUUUGUCACCAAACUACUUCAACAUACCGGAAUGUUGACAGAAAAUUUCAGCUUGGUAUGCGAAACAUGGAUGGCUUAGAAAUAUCAAGUGAUGUGUAAGUUAGGUAGAUAUGGUCUAAGUUUGGUUAAAUAGAAAUUUUCCCCGUUGUAGCUUUGGACAAUUUCAACAUUUUUUUUUUCUGUAUUUUGGAUAACAG